UAAUGUGUUGUACAGUCUGGUCCUGUUGGAUAGUAGUUAAGGCGUACAAUGGGGAUGAAUAUCUGUAUUGUUUUUAGUUUAUUCAUUGUUUUUACAACUCUUGUGGAAAACACAGAAGGUAAAAGAGUCGCAAUAUGUCAAGGAGAGAGACAAACAAUACGUUGUAAGCAAAGUAAUCGACGUCUUCAAAUUACGAGUGCAACAUACGGACUACGUAGAACCAGGAAUAAAUGUCGUAAUGCCAAUAUAGCUGUUUCGUGGUGUGGUCAAACGAAUAAUGUCCGGAAACAAGUUAUCAAAAUGUGCCAAGGCAAACAAGAGUGCAAACUAUUCUCUUCGAACAGAGUAUUCAAAGACCCCUGUCCAGGAACCUCCGUUAUAUUAACGGUAAUAUUCAGAUGUGUAAGAGCGUGCAAUAAAAAUAGAUUCCAGUGUGUCAGUAAUCUUAAAUGCAUACCGAAAUCAAAACGUUGUGAUGGGAAGGAAGACUGCAAAGAUGGUAGCGAUGAAGAAAAUUGUGGUACUGUCCAAUGUAAAUCAAGUGAGUUUAAAUGCAAGAAUGGUAAAAAAUGCAUUCCUCUAGCAAAGAAGUGUGACGGAGCUAAAGAUUGUUCCGAUAACAGUGACGAAUUAGACCCUAGCUGUCCUCUGAAAUGUAAAACCAAUCAGUUUAAAUGUAAUAAUGGUAGGAAAUGUAUCCCUAACAGUAGAAAAUGCGAUGGAAAUAGGGACUGUUCCGAUGGAAGUGAUGAGGCAAGCGCCAUUUGUAAAAAAUCAUGUGGCAUUCAACAAAUUCAACCAAAACUAGAAAGACCAGAUUGUCCUAAACUAGAAGCUUUAAGAAUAGUCGGAGGAUGUGAUGUUAGACCUGCUCACUCAUGGCCUUGGGCUGUGCAAUUGCGGCUUUCCGAUGACGGGGGUAAAACUUUCAACCAUGAAUGUGGAGCUGCUUUACUGUCAGAAUCAUUUGCACUUACGGCUUCCCAUUGCUUUUUGAGCUCAGAAAACCCAAAAGAUUGGAAGGCUAUUGGGGGACGUCAUUCGAAAGAUACAAAUGAAGCCAAUAAUCAGCCUCGCAAUAUUAUCAAAAUAGUGAAGUUUCCAAAUCUUGGAGACAAUAUUCUCGACAAAGAUGUUGCUAUUAUCAAAUUUGAUAAGCCGAUGACAAUAAACGCCUAUGUUACCCCAAUUUGUUUACCAAUAAGAGAACCAACUGAGAGAGAUGAAUGUGUUGUGGCUGGGUGGGGAGAUGUACAAGAAUCUCAGCAUCCAGAUAAGUUGAAAAAUACUGUAAUGCCGAUAGUUGAUACAAAUAAAUGUAACGGUACCGAAGACCUGGAAGACCAGAUUACACCCUACAUGUUUUGUGCCGGAUUUCAGAAAGGAGAAAAUGACGCUUGUCAGGGUGAUAGUGGUGGUCCAUUGAUGUGUAAACUUGGUAAUACCUGGUAUUUACAAGGACUUGUAUCCUGGGGAGUUGAUUGCGCACAACCCGAUCUGCCUGGAGUAUAUGCCAAUGUGUUCAAAUUCGUCAGCUGGAUAAGGAAUCAAAUGACACUGUAAUAAAUAUGUUAAACUUAAAAACGUUUUCAACAUGCCAAGAUUUGCAAACAAU